UAUAUAUUGACCUCAAAAUGUUGUCAAAUCUCUUGAUCAACAGACAUUCCUGUUUCUUUAAGUCUAACCACCUUGACUUGCGUGGUUGAUCUAUUCCCACUUUAAUGGUCAAGUUAGAAAGUAUUAAAAUAAAAUUAAGAAAAUGAAUAAUCAGAGCAAUUAUUUUAUCUUAUGAAGGAGCGAAUUAUCAUGUGAUGUGUUGUGUGUAUCACAUCACCAAUCUUGUCGUCAUCCAAAAUCAUAAGUUGUUGGAUCAUUGCUUAUGGAAGUAGAAGGCAAAAAACAAAGAAACAAAUUUUAAAUGAUAAAAUAAGCGAGUCUAAAAUAGUUAAUUCCAUAUCUUCCCAUCUAAAAAUCGACAAAUUCAACAAUUUUGAAUAUCAGAGAUUUGAACCAUCAAUGUGCAUGAUAAGCCCACUGUACAAUUCAGUUUCGUUUUUCUUUUCUUCUUUAUAUCAAGAUUCCUUCAGAUUCUUUUUUCUUCUCAAUAAAGGAGCAUAUCAUAUUUCUCAGGAGGAAUUUCUAUGGAAAAUCUGAGAAGAAGCGGUAAUAGUCACAUAUCAAUGUCGGAUACCGAGUCACAAGGGAAUCAAGUUGACUCCUUUCAUUCCCCCCUCAGAUCAGACUCUCUUCUCCACUCCGAGGGUCCAGAUUUCUACCCAGAAAACGAUAUUAACUACAAAAGUAGAUAUAGUUGUAAAAUAGCAUUGGCUAAUUGUAAAGCCCUUGUUCCUGUUGAUAAUUACUACUCCCCUUUACCAUCUCUGGGACAAUCCAUUUUCCCUUCGAGUUCUCCGGCCAAUGGGGGAAAUGGCAGGCAGCCCGAGCCACAAUUGGAAAUGCCCACACCCGAAAAUAUUGAUUUCUGGGCAAGUUCUCCGACCACUGGAUGUAAGGUCGAGAGACCCUUUUCUCCCUCCAUGACUGAGAAUCAUGAGUUUUCGGUGAAGGGCGAACAGGGGCCAACGUCAGUCGUGACAUUCAACCGGUCUGGAAGGGAGGAGCCAGUGACCAAAAUAGGGCCGGUGGGUGGCGGUGGAGAGGAUGAGGGAGGAGAGAGGCCAUCGCGGGCAGCAGUGGCAUCAAUAUUGAGGAGAUCGAAAAGGAAGGUGACGGUGAAGAAGGCAGCUUUGGGGUUCAGAGUAUGUGAAGUGAUAGUGUGUUUGAUUUCAUUUUCUGUUAUGGCUGCUGAUAGAACUCGAGGAUGGAGUGGUGAUUCCUUUGAUCGAUACAAAGAGUAUAGGUAUUGUGUAGCCGUGAAUGCCAUUGGAUUUGGAUAUUCGGGAUUUCAAGCAUAUGAUCUUACCUACCAUUUGGUCUCAGGGAAACACGUCAUCUCUCCCCAUCUACGUUACCAUUUUGAUUUCUCAAUGGAUCAGCACAAUUUUCAUGGAGGAGUAGCGGCAACACCUAAAGUUCGACGAAGAUUCUGGCAUAUCUUAUAAUGUCGGCAUCAUCUUCAGCAGCAACAAGGGUGGACGGAUGGACAUCUACUUGGGGGGAAGAUGAGUUCACGAUAAGGGCAAGUGCAUCUAUUGCAAUGUCUUUUCUUGCUUUCAUUUCAUUUGCCUUGAGCUCUAUCAUAUCUGGCUACAACCUCUGCAACCGAGAAGCAGUUUAAUCUCUACAUCUUCAGUCAAACUAUUAAAGAUAAAUGUAGUAGUGAGUGGAAGAAAACAGACUACAAAUAAAUAAAAAUACGCUCGGUAUUGAACAAUGCAACAAUAGACACCGCCAUAAACUAUUGUUCAUCACCAAUGGUGAUCAAUAAGAUUACUCGAAGGAAAAUUUCAAUUUAAAAGGCCUCGAGGAGUAAUUCCUUUGAAAAAUAGAACCCAUUAGACCAUACAUUAUUACAAUGAAAUAUUAUAUGUAGUGUAAAAAAAAUGAUUGAUAUGUCGUGAAACAAAUUAAAACUCUUGAAAGGAAAGCUAUGUAAUUUUAAUUCCUCCAAAAUCGUUAACUAAUCGAAAAUAAUUUUCGAUAGGGACAAA